AUGGGCAGAUACGGCGUAGUCGGCUACGGCGGCGCUAUGGUCAAGGACGGGGUCGUGUUCUCCGACAUGGGGGGCAGCGGCUCCGCCAUUCGCUUGAUCUCUAGGAACGGUUACAUCUCCACCAUUGCCGGCAAUCUCUCAAGGAAGGGUAACAACGAUGGCCCCUCCACAGAGGCCCUUUUCGGCGGCAUCGCCAGCGGUGACAGUCGCUCCAACUCCCUCGCGUCCGGCAACGGCGGCUACUACGUGGCCGAUACUGUGAACAGCGCCCUUCGCUUCAUCAACACGAGCACACAGACGACAACAACAAUUUUAAACGCGAGUGUUCUGCGCACCCCAAACUCACUCGCUAUUUCGAUCAUCGACGACAAAACCUCUGUUUUCCUCUCUAAUACCGGCCUCCACCAGGUGCUGUAUAUUCCAACUCUGAGCAGUCCUGUGGGGCAGGUGAACUUCACCAGCGACCCCUUCUUCGUGCCAGGCGCCAUCACCGUUCUUCCUGAACUCAGUCGGGCCUUCAUCGUGAACGCAACCUUGCAGAUCUACUGUUGGUCAUACGCGCAGCCCGGCUCAACCUCGUGGAAGGUGAGCGAUCCUCGCGUAGCCGACUUUGGUCGAAUUCUCACCACAAGCAGCGAUGGCACGAAGGUGUUGUAUGUGACUUCCAACGGCAGCACGAUCGCUUCUCUUAGCGCGAUAGCAUCACCGACCGCCUCCCCGGCGCUGAUCCCGGAGAAAAUGAUCGACUUUAACACUUUGGUCAUCGGCGGUAGGGUGCAACUCUUCUUCGAGCGUACCCCUGACAGCUGGUACAUCCUAACAACCACCAAGUUCAUGAUUGUCUCCGCAACCCCAAUUCAGCCGGAAGAUAGCAGCAGUGACAGUGAUGAAAUUCUCUCAGGACGCCACCAAGGCCUUGCAGCCUUCCCCACAGAAGCCUUCCCCAUCAACGACAGCUGCCUCAUGGCCCAGGCCUACCACUGGAUGCGCAUGGACGCCACAGAGGCAUACAACACCACUGACUACUUGAGCGAGUUCCUGAUACCUCCAAACAACAGCACCACCACACUCGUGUACGGCGACAUGAACGUCUCGGGGUGGUGCGGCAACAUUACCGCCGACCUCAGCAACGACCACACAAUUUUGAUUUUGACAUUCUGGGGCCCGCGAGGCUAUACCCUGCAGCUCACGCAAGAUCGCUUGGUGACCUCCACCUGGACACGCACACGAGCUUUUCUGGAAUCCCUAAAGAACAGCGGCUGGAACCUUGGCCCCUUCUGCUUCUUCAACUGCACGACCACCUGUAAGACGAUCACGGCCCCCAAGUGCCUCGUGAACACCGAAUCCGCGUGCGACGACGUGUGCAGGGGUGCCAUUGCGUCCUCGGUGGUGAUGGCGGUGGCUGGUAUCGUGCUCAUUAUACUGAUGAUCAUUAGCCCAUCGAACAUCCUCGCGGCGGUGGUGAUGGUGCCCAUCAUUUAA